UUGCCCCAUUUUUAUAUUCCUUUUCAAGGGAAAAAAUCGAGUGCUCCUCACACAAUAUCCCAACUGUUUUCUCGCUCAAUUUUCGCCGUUGGUGCCGCUCGACUGAUAAAUUCACCGCUCUACUCACGGCUACCGGUGAUCCUCUCAGUUUAUCGGUCAUCAGAAAAGCAGGUAGUGUUUGAAGAUCACUACUAUCAUAUAGAGGAAUAGAAACUGUGGAGAAUAAAAAUGUCUUUUCAGAAUAAGGGUUUGUGGAUGGCAAAGGGUGCUGAUGGAGAUCCCCCAUUUGAUAGUCCUUCAAGAAUUGAACCUAAACGAUCUCAUCAGUGGUUUGUAAAUGCAGCUGAACCUGAGCUGUUCCCAAACAAGAAGCAAGCACGGCAAACACCAAACAGCACAUCAAGUUCGCAAAUUUCCUGUGCAAAUAUUUCUUCUUUGGACAACCCCUCUGGUUUUCAGUCAGUUCCAAAUCAAUUUAUUUACCAUUUGUUUGGACCUGAAACAGCAAGAUCUGUCGAUUUUUCUGAAAGAACCAUGUGUCCUGUAACAGAUGACUCAAAUGCAUCUGUUAGUCUGUCUAUAUCUCACACUUUGGAAGAUCCGGAAGCCUGUCUUAGUUGCAAUGGUUUUAGAAAAGUUAAAGUCAAUCAAGUUAAGGAUUCUAACAAUGGUGUGCAUGAUCCUAAGGGGCACAGUUUUAUCAAUGAGAGUAACAGUGAUAUCUCUACAGGUCAUGCCUUUAAUAGGGAAAAUGAAAAUAGUUUUAUAUCAAUGGGGCAGGCCUAUGAUAAGGAGCACGGCAAUGUUACUCUAAUGGGUCACAGCUACAAUAGAGAUGCCCAUAUUGUAUCAACAUGUACUGCAUAUAUAAAAGGAGAUGACAAUUCCAUGCCAGAUGACAAUUCCAUUCCUAUAAGUGAAACCUACAAUAAAGAAGAUGCCAAUAUGAUUUCUUUCGGGGGAUUUCAUAAUGCACGUGGUAUUAUACCUGUUGGCAGGCCCAUCAGCAGUUAUGAACAGUCCUACAAUCAAUCCUUAGUUCAAACACCUGAAGCAAUUCAUGAAAAAGAGUUGGAUAUGUCAAAUGCCAAUGCAGCUGCUAGUAACACCCAAGUAGCUAAGUCAAAACCUGAAUCUGUUUCCAGGAACAAACAAGAAGUCAAAACUACUCGAAGAGAAGCUCCAAACAGCUUUCCUUCAAAUGUCAGAAGUUUGAUUUCAACUGGUAUGCUGGAUGGGGUCCCUGUAAAGUAUGUUUCUUUGUCGAGGGAGGAGCUUCGUGGCAUUAUAAAAGGUUCUGGGUAUCUCUGUAGUUGUCAAUCAUGUAAUUCCUCCAAGGUGCUCAAUGCAUAUGAGUUUGAACGCCAUGCUGGUUGCAAGACUAAGCAUCCAAACAAUCAUAUAUACUUUGAUAAUGGAAAGACUAUUUAUCAGAUUGUACAAGAAUUGAGGAGCACUCCUGAAAGCAUGUUAUUUGAUGUAAUUCAAACUGUUUUUGGAGCACCUAUCAAUCAGAAAUCCUUCCGCACAUGGAAAGAAUCAUUUCAAGCAGCAACACGUGAGCUUCAGCGUAUCUAUGGAAAGGAGGAAUUAAAUUUGUAAAAGGAAAAUUUUAUUUGAAAUGUACUAUAGAAUAGCCUCUUUCAUGUGCAUAGAAACAAGUAUGACUUAAAAAAUUAUGUGUGUUGUAGAGAGUGCUAUUUGGGACAGGCCAAAUGGUGCUUUUUGUUAAUAUGAUGUAGUUCAUGUACAACUUAAGUGUUCUGAUAGUCAGUAAUUGAGAUGCUUUAGUAUAUAGCAAAGAAAACCACAGAAGAUGAAGGUAUGUUCUAAUUGCUAUGUAAAUCGUUUGACGAAAUUGCUGCCAGCAAUCUAACAUGUAAAGUUUAUUUUGGCUA